AGAUUAAUAUACUAAUUUUUGUAUCUAUUACUAUCAAAUGUAUGAUUAAACUUAUAGUAACAUUUCAAUUAAGAAUUCUUUAAAUAAGCGCAGUUGGUCGGUAUCAUAACAUUUUUAUAAAUUAUUCAUAAAAAACUAAAUCACAUUAUUCAACAAAAAAAAAGAAAUAAGAAAAAAAAUGAGGAUUAUAACCUUUGCUCUACUAGUUUUAUUAGCUCUUUCUUAUGUAAAGACUAAAGACGACACUGAUAAAUAUAUCAAAUGCCGCUCUGAUAAUAAGCCUGAAACCUGUAAAUUUGAUGAUGAAACUUAUGAAGAAUGCAGUGAAGAAUAAGACAAAAUUAAUGAUUGUAUUAGCGAUUGUAAGGAUGAUAAUGAUUCUUUUGCAAAUAGAAUUUCAUGCUUUAAAUCUAAAUGCAAAUCUAAACGUGAAAUCCUCUAAGAUAAGAUUGAUAUUGAGAUUAAAUGUCAUAAAGAAGCUAUGGGUUCUGAACCUAAUACCAAGCCUGAGGUUACACCUUAACCACCUAAGCCUGAGGUUACACCUUUACCACCCAAGCCUGAUGUUUAGCCUGAAAAUAAGCCAGAUACUUAACCUGAAAAUAAGCCUGAAACUAAACCAGAAAAUAAGCCAGAAACUCAACCUGAUAACAAGCCAUAAACUGAAAACAAACCAAAUGGUAAUUUAAGAGAAGAAAAGGCUAAUCCUGCUUCUACUUCAAGCUUAAGCUCUGUAUAUUUAGUUUCCUCUCUUGGUUUGAUUGUCUUCGCUAUGCUAUUUUGAAAAUAAUUUUUAUCUUAAUUACAUGAAAGUUUUAGAAGCUUAAAAUAAAGAUACCGAAAUAGAUUGAUUUUUUUAAUUUUGAUAGCCUUAUCUUAAAAAAUAUUAAUAAAUAUUCAUAAUUAAAUAUAUAUUUUUAUACUUU